GGAUGGUAGCCUUCGACUCCUUGAUCUCUCUUCUCCCGUUCGAAUCGAAUGCAACCAAGACUGACUCGGCUAAAGCAAUGUAAACUCACUACAAGGAACUUUGUACGCUUCUUAUCCCUCGAAGCCGCUCGAGGACCGCACACGUCUUUUCAGCCUCUCACCAAUGUCAACCCGACGAAAGAUGCGGUCGAACUGGAUAAGGAGAAAGCAAUGAAGACUGCGAGACUGAUAGAUGAGUUGGAGAAGGACUUGGUUCAUCCGAUGGUACGGAAUCCAAAGAAAAUCCAACAUAAGUGGAAGGAUAACGACAUGAGACUCCAUUUCGAAAUUCUAUCAUACAUGAACUACAUUCGCGCCUCAGCCUCUGAAAAACGCGCCCGCUUUGCCAUUUUCUCUACUCUCCGCCACCGUAUAAAAAAGGCAUUCAAGGGCCAAGUUCAACUCACCAUCUAUGGAAGUAUCGCAACGGGGCUCGAGUUGCCAACAACCGACCUAGAUCUUUCGAUGGAAAUCCAGACGAAUCGCCAAGGCAGAAAAGGCCAGUUACAAGUUCUGUACAAGCUACGGUCUGUUCUCCAAAAUAGCGGUUCAAUUCAGGAUGUGCAACCUCGUUUCGGCGCUAGGGUUCCUAUUUUACGUGGUAUCACCUCAAAGAAUUUAGGGUGCAUCGGUGUCGACAUCACGGUCAACCAUGAAGAUGGUCCCAAAUGCGUCAAGGCUAUUCGAAGAUACCUUUUGCAGAUGCCAGCAUUGCGACCUCUUAUUUUCGUUCUCAAAUCUCUUCUAUCGUAUAGAAAUCUAAAUGAUGCAGCGGAAAGAGGCCUGUCGAGUUACUCACUCACAUGUAUGUGCAUCAGCUUCUUGCAGUUGAACCCGAAAAACCGACCCAAAGAAUGGAUCGAAAACCCGUACAAGGCAAAAUCGUUGGGAAUCUUGUUGAGAGAUUUCUUGGAAUACUAUGCUGUCGAAUUCCCCUAUGCAGAGUCGUACAUAUCUGUUCUGCAAGGGAGACUUUUACCAAAAGCGUCGGUGGAUUGGAUCCAGAAAGAGAAUGCCGAUUUGCUGGCCAUUGAGUGUCUUGUGAAACACAGAAAUGAUGUAGCCAGGGCGACUAAUCGUAUUCCAGCAAUACGAGAAGCGUUCAAGAGUGCCUCCGAAACGCUGUUACAGACCUCUUUGAAGGACAAGACCACUUUAGGUUCCAUUAUUCCCUUCAAAGGCUUGGGCGCCCGUCGUCCAGAAGUAUUUCCUGACCUUGUGAUCAGCAGUCAACGAUUGCCAUCGUCUGCUUCCAUGGAUCGACUCUCCACGGACAAGGAAGGUCAGCAACAUUCACCAUCUUUCCACAAGCUCGCGAUUACGGCGAGGGAAGAGAACGAGGGAAAGAAGACACCGAAAACUAAAACCCAACCCCCGGAUCGCACAGCGCUUCAAAAGAACGUCAAUGUUUCAUCUUCUACGAGCUCAUCCCAAAUAUGCGAAGCCUUCCUGCCAAAAGGAACUCGGGAUGGACUCUGACGAUAAGUUCGCCGCGAGUAAAGAAGGGUAAAACAAGUCAUACCUUCUCUUCUCUUCUCACUUCUUUGGAUAACCUUUUGGGGUUCACCCGGAAGGGGUUCCUGUGUCUCAGAGUCGGUGCUCGGAUGCCGAAACAUAUCCUUGAUGUCGAGACCUGAAACCGAGGCCAAUGCCACAACUCGCAAGGAAGGUCAUCGAUUUGGACUACGGGACCCUUAAUACACACAAUCUGGUGGUUAACUAACCACCACCCGAUCUUGUAUUAACCGUGAAUUAACCACGGCCUAAAAAACCCAAUAAUAUUUUCUAUAUACA